AUGUCGCCGCGUCGCCCCCGGUCGCCUCCCCUCCCCCCGCGGACGAGACGCCGACCUGCCCCCACCACCGGCCGGCCGGGCAGUGACAGCGAACCAGAGACAGGCGCGCCUCCGCCGGUCCGCCCCGGCUGUCGCACGCAGGUGCCACCCGGCAGCUGCGCCCGGGACCGCGCCCAGCUCGCGCGCCUUGACCCUUCACAGGCGUCUCGCGAGGGCAAGUCGACCGCGGGGACGGCCGAUUCCGGCGGUGCAAUUAUUACGGCACAGGCAGAGCAAAGGUGUCACUUCAUUCACAAAGCACGCAGUCCAGGGGGACAGUCUGUUAGGUCCGCAGUGAACCGUAAAAUUACUACUGGUUCACCAAAGCGUCUGAUUGGUGAAUGUCAGAGAAGGCCGCCGCCCACGCCCUGCAGGUGUCUGAGGAGGAUCGGAGGAUCGGAAGAGCGCCUCCCUGCUCGAGGCCCCCCGUCCUCUGGAGGCGCCGUCUCCGCCCCCGCGGUGAGCGACACGAGGGCGGAAUGUAAAACGACGCUACGCUCGCGGCCGCCGCCUCCUCCUCCUCCCGGAAUCAUUUUGGGGCAGAUUACACGCGAUAUUUCCCGGCAGGCGGACCCUCCCCUGCGGCUGAGGCAGGCCGCAGUAAAAAUUGGCUUCGCCGAGGUCGCGCAGCCGCCAGGGGAGCGAAGCGGCAGCGGCGGCGGAGUUAAAAGGGGGGCGGGUCCACGUCGCGCCGGAAUGGCACGGGGGUGCGAGAGGCCGCAAAAAAAAAAGAAAAGAAAAGAGCAGGGAAAGCGACCAGCCACGUCUCCAGGGCAUCGCCAGCCCUGA